UUCGUCUCUUGAACCCAGAAACAAAUCCCUACUAUUAACUAAAUAAAACAGCCCCUUUUUGCACUUUGAUUGCUGCAGAAAUCCUUGUACAAAAACUAUUGUUUUGUCGCUUUCUAAAGGACAGUUCAGUGGUUGAUCUUGCUAGUGCAAAAGCAAGAUCAACAAGGCACUUCAUUGUAUCUUACGGGCAUUUCGAGUUACUCCUUUUGCAUACCAGAUUUGGUGGGGGCGAAAUUAGCCUAAAGGAAAGUGGCAUUUGCAAUACGCCUUGAAGCCAUUUGCAAAUUUUCUACCUUAUUUAUUCAACAAUCUUUAGGCUAAUUUUUCUGUUCUGCAAUUAUGGCUGCAACUUUGCGUGAGAUGGCUACUAAUUUCCAGAAGUUAGAUCGCUCUGAUGGGGGCAACUUUAUUCGAUGGCAAUGCAAGAUGCACAUCCUUCUCACAACUCUCAACAUCAUUUAUGUUCUCACUGAUGCUCAACUAGAGGAAAAUGAGAAUGAAACUUUGCAAGAUACAAGGAAAAGGAAAAAGUGGGAGAAUGAUGAUUAUGUCUGCAGGGGCUGCAUCUUAAAUGGUAUGUCUGAUUCCCUUUUUGAUACUUAUGUUCAUGAGUCUACUGCAAAAGAAUUGUGGGAUAAGUUAGAAGCAAGAUAUAUGAAUGAAGAUGCAACAACAGUACAAGUGAAAGGCAAAGGAACCGUGGACCUUGAGUUCACUUUUGAAAAAGUUCUCACUCUCACUCUCACUGAUGUGCAUUAUGUGUUGGAUAUCAGAAAAAAUCUAGUUUUAGCAAUGCAUAGUGAUGUUUGUGACAUGCAUAGUACUCCUACUAUUGGUGGCAAGAAAUAUUAUGUUACUUUUAUUGAUGAUUAUUCAAAAUUCUGUUAUGUUUACUUGUUAAAUACUAAAGAUGAAGCAAUGGAAAAAUUCAAAGUUUAUAAAGCAGAAGUGGAAUUGCAAAGUGAGACAUUUAUCAAAUGUCUAAGAACUGAUAGAGGUGGGGAAUAUUAUGAUCCAUCUUACUUUGAAUCCAUUGGAAUUAUCCAUGAGAUAACAGCUCUAUACACACCACAACAAAAUGGUGUGGUAGAACGUAAGAAUAGAGUUUUAACUGAAAUGGUGAAUGCCAUGUUAUCAAAUUCUGGUUUAAGUCCAGAAGCUGAUCCUGUGACAUUUGAAGAAGCAAUUAAGUCACAAGAUUCAGCUUUUUGGAAGGAAGCCAUAGAUGAGGAAAUGAGUUGCAUAAUGGGGAAUAACACAUGGAUUGUAGUGGAUCUUCCACCAGGUUGCAAACCUAUAGGUUGCAAAUGGAUUUUCAAAAAGAAAUUGAAAGUUGAUGGCACAAUAGACAAAUUCAAGGCAAGAUUAGUGGCAAGAGGCUAUUCACAAAAGCAUGGUAUAGAUUAUUUUGAUACCUAUGCUCCGGUAGCAAGGAUUGCCACUAUAAGAGUAUUAAUUGCUUUGGCAUCAAUUUACAAAUUGGUAAUUCACCAAAUGGAUGUUAAAACAGCAUCUUUAAAUGGUGAAUUAGAUGAAGAAGUAUACAUGAAGCAACCAGAAGGGUUUGUGAUGCCUGGUCAAGAAAAGAAAGUUUGCAAGCUUAUAAAAUCCUUGUAUGGACUUAAGCAAGCUCUUAAACAAUGGCAUCAAAAAUUUGAUGAAGUGGUGCUUGCUAAUGGCUUCAAACGAAAUGAAGUAGAUAAAUGUGUUUAUAGCAAGUUUAAAAAUGGACAAGGUGUUCUUAUAUGCCUAUAUGUAGAUGACAUGCUUAUCUUUGGUACCAACAUAGAACAAGUUGAAGAAACCAAAAGGUUCUUGUCUAGAAACUUUUCCAUGAAAGAUAUGGGUGUUGCUGAUGUGAUUUUGGGAAUAAAAAUUCAUAGAGAUGGUGAUAAUUUAGUCCUUUCUCAGUCCCAUUAUAUAGAAAAAGUCUUGAAGAAAUUUAAUUUUUAUGAUUGUGCAAUUGUUUCUACACCUUUUGAUCCUAAUGUAAGGUUAACAUCUAAUGAUGGAAAACCAAUUACACAAUUAGAAUAUUCAAGAGUGAUUGGAUGCUUGAUGUAUGCAAUGAUUUGCACAAGACCAGAUAUAGCAUAUGUUGUUGGGAAACUUAGUAGAUACACAAGUAAUCCCAGUUCUUUACAUUGGCAAGGAAUACAUAGAGUCUUGAAAUAUCUCAAGAAAACUAUGUAUUAUGGCAUUUGCUAUAAUGGUUAUCCUUCUGUACUAGAAGGCUUUACGAAUGCUAGUUGGAUCACGGAUCAUGAGGAUCAUAAAUCCACAACUGGAUGGAUUUUCAUGCUUGGUGGGGGUGCUGUUUCUUGGGGAUCCAAGAAGCAAACUUGCAUAAUAGAUUCCACCAUGGCAGCUGAGUUUAUUACCUUAAACUCUGCAUGUAAAGAAGUGCUUGAUGCGGUGGCACUUUUGAUGGGAUCUACCUAUAUGAGUGGAAGUGGUGCCGCUUCUAGGAGUUGGGGACUUGACUCUAACAGUACUCAUGAAAAGGAUACAAGACACAUGGCCAGUUUUUGUGUUGGUGGAUGCUGAAUUCCUUCUUUGGAAAGCUUGAAGUCUUGUGUGUGACAUGUGCCCAAUUAAUCACUUAGAAUCGC